AUGCAUCCCAAAUCAAACCUACUCUUCCUCCUAACCACCGCCAUCCUCCCCCUCAACACCACCGCGACAACACCACCCUGCCUCCAAGUCCCAGCAUGUCCCCAAAAAGGCACCAUCCAAUACUCCCAAGCGAUGCCAACUCCCUCUCCCUUCCCCCUAACCCAAGUCGACGCCUGCUACACGCCAACCUCCAUAAACUUGAAAUUCACCGCCUACAACGAAACCAACUUCUACUACAACACCACCUACACGACCAACGACCCAAUCUACGAAUACGAAGUCAUGGAAACUUUCAUAUCCCGCGGCACCAACGAUCCGAAGACGUAUCUGGAAUUCGAAAUCGCGCCGAAUAAUGUUACUUWCAAUGCGUUUAUUUAUAAUCCUAGUAAAGUUCGAGCGGAGGGGGAGCCUUUUGAUACUUUGUAUUUGCAGACGCCGAUUGAGGAUGGGAUUGUAGGGACGACGAAGUUGGAUCGGGAGGAAGGGGUUUGGGUUUCUGAGGUGGAGAUUCCUUUGGGGUUGUUUAAWGUUGAUGAGGGGGAGGCGAAGGGGACGGAGUGGAGGAUGAAUUUUUUCCGCACGGUUGUGAAGCCCGAGACGUUCCCGGAUCAAUUGCUUGGAGCUUGGAGUCCCACUGAUGCUGCCAAUUUCCACAAGACGCCUUUCUUUGGACAUGUGAAAUUUGUGUAG